AUGGUAAUUGGGCAAAUAUACUUUUUGUGUUAUUGCGGUGACUUGAUACAGAAAUCGAGCGGCAGGAUAAGUGAUGCUAUUUAUAAUUGCGCUUGGUACGGAAAAAAAGCAAACGUUGUGAAAAAUCUUAUGAUUAUUUCUGCCAGGGCUCAGAAGCCUUGCAAAUUAACGGCCUUCGGCUUCGCUGUAAUCAAUAUUGAAGCCUGUACAAAGACAAUGAGUACGGCCUGGUCUUAUUUUGCCGUUCUGUUAUCAUUCUACAUGAACAAU